UGAUAGAUAUUACACUAUUGAUUUAUGAUUUCAAGUAAAGUGUUUAAAAAAUGUGUGAACACUUUUAAAGUGUACAUGUGUUUUAACCAACUUAUGGGAAACUUUUCUGCCUUUAGGACCUAAACACACAUUUUUUCGGUUUGAAGAAAAACAAAUACAGGAAAUGAACACCAGAAUAUUAUUGGUUAGUUUAAUUCUAACCUUACAUUUGUUGGAGAUUGAUUCAUGCGACACUGAAAUAAUCAAACGCCUUCAAGAUCACAUAGUCAAAGAUGAAGACCAAGAGUUCCUACCGUUCAUUACCGGCAAUCGAUUCCUAACUGUUUGGAUCGCCAGAAAACACUCGUGCCACGAAUGCCUGGGAGGUUCCGUGAUUUGCGCUUGGGCAAAGUACGAGAAGGAUAAAUACAUGGAAAACGUUGUUCAAGUCACACAUUUGUAUCGCACCCAAGUGAUAUCGUCAGACGUAAAAACGGAAGAAAAAAGAGCGUUGGUGAGAUUGGAUAACGGAGUCUACGUCGAGAAAAAUGGAAUAACGGAUGUGCCGGAAUACUUUAUGUAUCCAUUAUACUUUGACAAAAGAGAAGGAGUCGUAGCAUACCAUAGGUGCAAGAUUGAUAGAAAGCAUCCGUGGUACACGAUUAUAGCUGUGCUGGAUAAGGAGGGAGAGCCAAAAUGGUCUGCUGCUAAGAGUAAGAUACACAGCCUAAAACUACGUAAACAUUGGCUCUACGGGAAGUACUUGGACUACCGAGACUGCAUACACCACGUGUUCGGCUAGGAGCUGAAACAGGACUAGGACUUUGUUCAACGCUAACUGUAAAGAAUUUGUGUUAACUAAACUUAACACUAA